AUGUCUACGUUAAUUGAAGUGAGCGGUUUGCGUUUGCGCUGGCGCCGUGGAAUGAGAAGAAAAGUAUUAAGGGAGUGCAGGAGGGAUGCGGGGCGAGUCGGAAGGCAGAGGGGGGAAGGGAAGGAGCAGAGGGGGACAGGGGGGGGAGCGGGCGCCGCCGGCCACCGAACAGGACUAGGCUCCCGGACCUGUUCCGCCGUAAUAAAAGGAGUGCGGGUGAGGUCGAGGAGGGGGGACGUGCGGGGGGGGGGUGCCUUCGACCUCCCGCCGUUGAAUACAUUCUUAUAUACAACUCCGGCCGCUGAGACGAUCAGAGAUCUUUCUUAUGUGCAGUUCCAACGACGCGAGCCAAAUCGCUCACUUCUUAUUUAUGUGUUCGAUAGCUGUUAG